UCGUGUCAUAUAUCCUACGUUGUUGAGCCACGUUUAGGUAGUGUUGCUAUUUAAAUAAGUUUAAGCAAGCCGGUGAAUAAUUUGGUUUGAUGUUUUCGUUUUAAAAUAUAUUUCAAAGCUUUUUCUCAGCAUGUUGCACAUUUUGCAUAUUGCGUUAGCAUUUUUUGUCUGUUCGAAUUGUGCUGCUGUAGAGUUCACGUUUGAGUUGCCAGAUAAUGCUAAACAGUGUUUUCAUGAAGAUAUUCAACAAGGAGUGAAAGCUACUAUAGAAUUUCAGGUGGUUACUGGAGGACAUUAUGAUGUAGAUGCUAUGCUUGAAGCUCCUAGUGGUCAGGUGUUGUAUCGAGGUAUAAAGAAGCAGUCUGACAGCCAUUCUUGGACUGCUGAACAAACUGGGGUGUAUAGACUGUGCUUUAGCAAUGAAUUUUCAACAUUUAGUCAUAAGCUAGUGUAUGUGGACUUUUUAGUAGGGGAAGAAAAGCCUCUUCCUGGAGUAGGGGAACAUUUGACUGCCAUGACAAAGCUGGAAACUUCCUCUUCUAAUGUGCACGAGCAUUUGAAUACUAUUAUCGAUUACCAGACACAUCAUCGUUUAAUGGAAGCCCAAGGUCGCAAACGAGCUGAAGAUUUAAAUGUCCAUGUGAUGUAUUGGUCUCUGUUAGAAACAUUUUUUAUCAUUUUCAUAGGAGUUGGUCAAGUAAUUAUUUUGAGAAACUUUUUCAGUGAGAAAAAAGGAACUUCUUCCUCUUGAAAAUUGAGUGUAAGAUAUAUAUAUAUAUAUAUAUAUAUAUAUACACACACACACACACACACACACACACACACAUACACAUACAUAUACUGAAAGGCAUUGGAAAUACAUUUGUCCAUUUCAUGUCUUCUGCAUGGGCACAGUGUGUCUCAUGCUUUGUAUUCAUUAAACGUUUUUUGAGAAACUGUGAAGAGACAUUAAAAAAAUAUGGUUCAUUAUGAAAUGUAUUUUAUAAUAUGGUGAAAUGCUUUGACUUCCACAGUUAAAAUUGUAAUUGUUAUAAAAACUUCCUGUAGGUUUUGAAAAUUAUAUACUUGACAAUUAAUGUGAUGACAAAUUCUUUGAAAUGUUACUUAAAAUUUCUGUAGUACCAUGUAAUUAUCUUGUGGUAUUUAAGGAUUUGUAAAUAUUGUUGACUUAUCAUUGAAUAUGUAUUUCAAAAUGAAUUAACACUGUUUUAUUUUAAAAUUCAGCCCAGAAGUAUUUGCAUUUUAAACAUUCUGUUUAUGCUCUCGUUUUCUGCCUUUUCAGUGCACAAGCAAUAAAAUUGAUAUUUUUGAAGCUUUCGUUAUUUAGUGACCAUUUUAUUUUUUAACUUAAUGUUAUAAUAAAUUUUUGUAAUUCAUAUUAAAAUGUUCUUGUGCAUUGAUUCUGUGGUAUUAGUCGGUUUUGAAAAUACUCUAGUAAUAUAUUUGAUUAUCCUAGGUUUUUGAUGGUAUUUGUAUGAAUAUUGAAAUCGGAUUUUUGAAACCUUUUCUCCCGAAUGAGCAUAUAUAGUUUUUGAUUUAAUGUUAUAAGUUUCAUAAAUUCCCAUCUGUAUCAAGAGAGAACACGGCAAAAUAAAGCAAAAUUUGGCGAAGCAGGA